AUGAAGCGGCCCAGCCACCAGCAUCUCUGGCCACGCGCAGACCCCGCACUCGACAAGUUCGAGCUGCACCGGCCCAGGGACGAGCUGGCCGAACAGAUCGUCAACGAGAUGUUCGACGACAUGAUGACCAGGAGAGAACUGGCCUCACUCCCGCCGAGUGCCCAGCAGGGCAUGCUCAACUUCUCGAUCGACAAGAAAUGGACACUCAUCUACAACGACCGAUACACCGAAUGGGCCACCGCCCGCCAGAAACGACUCAACGCCGACUCAACCCCCACCGCCAAACGCACCCUCGAACCAUCCCCCUCGCUCGGCCAUGGCAUCUGGCGCCAGUCGGGGCCCUCCUCCACCCGCGGCAAACGCGAAGAGCCAGAGUGGUACAUCAAGAAAUUCAUGGACCGCACCGCAGACCACCGCGUCGUCGCUGCCCUGGCCGUCGCACUCAGGACAUAUGAAAUCACGCAAGAAUUCAUCCAUCUCAAGGGCCAAAUCGUCCUCACCAACUCACUCGACAAGAUCAACGCCCCCGGGAUCAUCCGCAAGGAAUCCGAUCUGAUCACCGAGUACGAAACCCUGAAAUGCCUCAAGAUCCUAUUAAACUCAAAACAGGGCGCCAACGAUGCCAUCUCACACCCCGAGUCGAUAUACCAGAUCCUCUUCUCACUCGUCUCGCCCCACCUGCCCACCCGCAAGACCGUCGCGGAUAUCCUCACCUUCCUGUGCCACUGGGAGAAACCCCGGGGCCACUCACACGUCCUCAAAGGACUCGACCAGCUCGCAAACAUGAGAACCACGGGCGGGAAGACGAUCGGGGAGACGAUGGCCCGCUUCGACGCCUGGUUCGGCUCAUUCGAGCAGGUCAUCGACGGCCGAGGCAAGAUGGGCAGUCUGGUCGGCGCGAGCGACGAGCUCCGGAGCCUCAGAGGCCACAGCGCCACCCAAUCAGUCAUCAACCACAUCCCCGAGGACGUCACCGUCCGAGUCCACCUCAGAAGUCAGAUGAAUAGCUCCGGCCUCAAACGGAUCACCGACAAGCUCAGAAAGUUCCAGCACAACUCGAUCGAACGCCAGCUGAACCAGAUCGAAGUCGAAGCCCUCCAGGAUGAGGAGGAGAUGGUCGAAAACUUCAACCACAGGCUGCUCAACGACAUGACCAACCCGCAGCAGCUGUUCGACACCAUCCUGGAUACCCUGGACGGCUCGCGCGCCAAGGAGUUCUUUAUCUCGAUGCUCCAGCACCUCCUCCUGAUCAAGGAGGACGGCGAGGGCCAGGUGCGGUUCUACCAGCUCAUCGACCAACUCGUCACCUCCGUCGUCUUGGACAGCAAAGCGCUCGACGAUGGCGGCGGGGGCGACUUCAGCUCGAUGCUCGGCGUCAGUGUGGCCGCGGUCAUGUCGAGGUUUGCCGACCAGGAUCAGCUCCAGAACACGAUGUCUGAACUCCAGGAGGCCAAGCGACAGGCCGAGCGCUUGAAGCGCGACAAGAACACGCUCGAGGAAGAACUGAUGGCCAACCAGGACAGCAAGGUCAAAGAACUCAAACAGACCAACGAGCAGAUCGAGCGCGCCCUCAACAUCUCCCGCACGGCAACCGAAGCCCUGCAGUCGAGGAUUGGCGAGAUGGAGAAACAGCACCGCUCCCAGCUCACCCAACAGGAUCUGCAGAUCAGAGAGCUGUUUACGAUGCUCAAGGAGUCCAAGAACCUGGACGUCGUCCAGGAUGACACCGGGAUCCUCGAUCGGCGCGAGCUGAUGGAUAUCAUGAACAAGAAGCUGCAGAGGGAGAAGGCUAUCCUGACCCUCGAGGGGAGAAGCCAGGUGGGCGAGAAUGGCAGCUCGACGACGCGCAACAACGGGAAGAAGGGGGGGAUGAUGCGGAGGAGGCGGCAGAACUCGGGCGACGAAGGCGAUGGCGACGAAGGAGAUGACCGAGGCGCACUGCCGCCGACCAGGCAGCAGAAGAACUUCAAGCCGACCCACCAGGCCAACAAAGACUCGGUGGACAAGUCGCGCUUCGAGGAUCCCGACUCGGACGACGAGCCGGACUACUAUCUGCGGGCGACCGGCAAAGACCCGGGGCUCUCGCCGAUCUCCGAAGCCAGCUCGCCGCGCCACAGCACCCGCCGGAUCACGCCCAAGCGCAGCCAGCAGAACCUGGCCGUCCGGACCAAGUCCGAGGAGGCCGCCGCCGACAGCGAGCUCGGCUCGCCGGCCUCGCCGGGCGUGACCGAGAUCCUGAGACACUAUCCUGGCUACACCGAUUCCCAGGCCACCAUCAAGCCCGCCGCUACCCGGCCCGCCGUGCCCUCCCAGAUCGGCCGCAAACCGGCGCUCUAUCUCGGCGAGCUCAAGAUGCACCAACUGCGCUCGGCCUCGGGCUCGACGAUGAAAUACGUCCCCUCCUCCCGUAACUCGAUCGCUAACCUCCCCCCCGACCUCGAGAUCCUGCGGCUCCAGAAAUCCGCACGCAGGACUUCCAACCCUACUCCUGCUCCGGGCCAUGGCGACGCCGGGAACGAGGCUGCUGCUGGUGGUGGGCCUGUCACCUCGCCCACCGCCCCCGCGCCCCCACCCCCGCCUCCACCCCCACCCGCCCCGCCGCCGCCGGCGAUCCUAGGGGCGCCGAAGCCGCCUCCAGGCGCGCCCAAGCCCCCGCCCGGCCCGCCCCCGCCGCCCGCGCUCAAGGGCCCGGGCAUCCCGAUGGCGCCCGGCAACGGACUGCUGAUGAACAGCAAGAACCGCAAGGAGCUCGGCAUCUAUGCCUCCGCUAAGCUCAAGCAGCUCCAGUGGGAGAAGAUCGGCAAGGACUCGAUCGACAAAACCGUCUGGGCCUCCCACUUCAUCGACGAGAAUAAGCUCCUCGAGCUCCUCAAGGACGACGGCGUGUUUAUGGAGAUCGAGAAGGACUUCAAGGCCAAAGUCGCCAAGGCUAUCGGCGGGGCUAAGAAGAAGGAAGCGUUGAAGAGCGUGUUGGAGCCUCGUGUGCGCCAACGAAUCGAGAUGAUCCUGUUGAAACCCGGGGCCGACCCGGAUAUGGGCGUCCGGGUGGCGUCGGUGAUCGAGAAGAUCCGGCGGUUCGACGAGGAGUACUGCACGCAGACGUUCCUGACCGAGUUGAAUGGGGUGAUCCCGGACCCGACCCAAGUGGGUCUGCUGAACCGGCACAAGACGGACUCGGAGGAAGACCUGGCCCUGCUCCAUGCCGCCGACCGGUUCCUCGUCGAGCUCAUCAAGUUCGAUAACCUCCAGCUGCGCAUCGAGGGCAUGCUUUGUAGGGCCCUCUUCGACGAGGCCUUCUCCAUCCUCGACGCCAACACCUCCCAGUUCAACGCCGCCACCGUCGCGCUCCAGAACGCCCAGCAUUUCUCCGGCUUGCUCAAUUUGAUCCUGUUGUUGGGCAACUUCUUGAAUGGGAAUAACUUCCAAGGCGGCGCGUUUGGCUUCCGGGUCAGCAGCAUCAACCGGCUGGUGGACACCAAAGCGACGCCGUCGGAGGAGGGCGGCGGGGUGGCGGCCCAGCUGGGCGACUUCACUCUGCUCCACUUCGUCGAGAAAACCGUCUCCCAGUCGUUCCCUGAGGUUGCUGCUUUUCUCGAGGAGUUGGCUGAGCCGGCCAAUGCCUACCGAAUUGAUCUGCAGGCGAUUGUGAAGAACUUCAAGGAGCUGCGGCAAGAGGUGGAGAAGACGCGGCUGGCGCUAUACAACAAGUUCGAUCUCGAGAAUGUGGGGACGGAUGGGUACAAGCAGCGGAUGCCGAAGUUCGUCCGGGAGGCGGUCUCCAAGCUGGCCAUCCUCAAGGACCAGAUCACCCUCGCCCAGGACUCCUACAUCCAGAUCCUCAUGUACUUCGGCGAGGAAACCGACGAGCGCAAGCUCAUGAACUCCAUGGCUUUCUUCGGCAUCUUCAAAACUUUCGUCACUUCUUAUCGCAAGGCCCGGGACGAGAACCGCAAAUGGAGCGAGGCGCGCAACGCCCGCCAGAAACGGCUCGAGAUUGAGCAGAGUCGAAAAGCGGCGAAAGAGGCGACGGACGCGGACCCGGUGCUGGAGGACAUCCUCGCGAAGAUCCGGACGGGCACGUCGAGCCGGGCGCCUGUCCGGCGGGGCCGGGGCGAGCGGGAGCGGGUGACGUUGCAAGGGACGGCGGACGUGGGCGGGGCGGCGGCGAAGAUGCUAGCGCUGAUGAAGUCGGGCGUGGACUCUGCGAUCUUCCAGGACUUGGCCGCCGAGGGCGUGCGUCCUUCCUUCCUCCUCCCUUCUUUGUGUAGAGGCUGA